AUGUUCAAGAAGUCCGGACUUCUCAGCUGCAGUGGCAUCCAGCUCCUGAGCUCACCCACUGUAGCGUCGCCACUCGCUCAUGUCCUGGUCAACAGACCACGCCGCGGCCUCGGGGUAUUCUAUAUCGGCCAAAGCUACGCCACUGCCUCGGAUCUCCCGGAGUAUGAAUAUUCCUGGCCGAGUGCAUCGACAUUUACUCCUUAUGAAGUCUUUAACCUACACCGCAAUGCCCCGUACUCAAAGAUCCGAUACUACGAUCUCGUGAAAAUUUACCAUCCAGAUCGGCCUUGCAACGAGCAUCGUCUAUGUCGAGGUCUGUCAAAAGAAGUUCGCCUUAGACGGUACCACAUCGUAGUAGCCGCCCACGAGAUCCUUUCAGACCCGACCAAGCGAGCUGCGUACGACCAGUUCGGUACCGGAUGGAAAUACGGACCCAAACGGUACAACACGGUGGCCGACGCAUCGGCAGAGUGGGGACCUUACGGCCCAACUAUAUACGCCAAUGCCACCUGGGAGGACUGGGAACGUUGGAAUAACCGACACGAGAAGCAGCAGCAUAUCGUCGAUCACCGCACCUUCACCAAACUCGUCGUUCUCCUGACCUUGUUCGGAGGCGCUGUCCAAGCGUCUUGGAUCUCGCAGCUGCAAACUGGCUAUGAGGAGCGCUUACGGGAGGUCAGCAACGAUUCGAUGCGCUUCCUGUCCGGUCGUCGGCAACAUACAAUCGACCAGAUGCCUUCCAAUGACGCUCGCGUGCAGAGUUUCCUAGUCCGGAGAGAUCCGACGGGAUCAGGCCUCAAGGAUGACGAGCAACCUAUUUACGAAAGAGAACUGCAUUCUCGUCGUCCAUCCGAAGGAAAAACCGCGUAUCCAACCCAGGAGGUAGAGGAUCACGCGCGGAGUGAGCCAGUGCCGAGUGCUCAGAGUUCUCAAGACGCCCAUAAGGCUUUAUGA